UUUGUAACGAGGAACUGAACUUAUCAGGUAAAUCUGCCAAGAUCUAAGUCUGUGAGAGGCUUGCCAAUCAGUCUUAUAGAGAAGCUUGCAAUCAGUAUCAGUGAGAGGACUGUCUGAUUCAGAAUGGGUCUGUUUGACGACACAGUGCCUUUUAAAGGUCAGAAGUACAAGGACCUGAAAAGUAACUGUAUAAAAAAGGGCGUGUUAUUUACUGACCCUGUGUUUCCGCCCAGUGGGAGGUCACUGUACUACAGCAGGGGUGCACCAUCGGACAUUAUAUGGAAAAGACCUGGGGAAAUAACAACAAACCCAAAGUUCUUCGAGGCAGGAGUAAGUUCAGAUGACUUUUCGCAAGGUUCGUUGGGUAACUGUUGGUUUGUUGCUGCCUGUGCCUGCCUGGCUGACUCAAGACUGUGGAAAAAGAUUGUGCCUGAUUAUGAAGAACAAGAAUGGAGUGAAAAGAAUAAGUAUGCAGGAAUAUUUCACUUUAAGUUUUGGCGAUGUGGGCAGUGGGUGGAUGUAGUUAUUGACGAUUAUCUACCUACAAGACAUGGUCGUCUUAUCUUUGUCCAUUCCAAUUCAGGCAACGAGUUUUGGUCAGCUCUUCUAGAGAAAGCUUAUGCCAAAUUGGCUGGUGAUUAUGAAUCCCUGGUUGCAGGAAAUGCAAAGGAUGCUCUUGUUGACAUGACAGGCGGAGUCGGGGAACGUGUAGCUAUGGAGGACUACACCACACCAGAGAAACAGAAAGAUUUAUUUAGAAUUCUAAAACAUUCCAAGGAGAAUCAUUCUCUCAUGAGUGCAUCUAUUGUGGCUACAGCCAAUGAUAUGGAGGCGGAACUAUCAUGCGGUCUUGUCAAAGGCCACGCCUACAGUGUCACAGCUGUCAAGAAAAUCAAGUUGGGGACUGGACUGUUUUCCAUAUUUGCACGAGAUUACUUACAGAUGGUUCGAUGCCGCAACCCAUGGGGUGGUACUGAAUGGAAAGGAGCUUGGAGUGAUGGGUCAGCAGAAUGGAAGAAAGUUAGUGACAGUCAGAAGAAAGACCUUGGCCUGACAUUUGAUGACAAUGGAGAGUUUUGGAUGUCGUACGAGGAUUUCUGCCACUACUUUACCAGCAUGGACAUCUGUCAUAUGAUCAACAUGUCAUUUUUCUCCUUCAAGAAAACUUGGCGGGAAGGGAAAGUGAGCGGCACCUGGAAGAGACCAGAUCGGGCUGGCGGCUGCGGGAACCACUCUACAUUCCUGAAUAAUCCUCAGUAUAUAUUUGACAUCACGGAGGACGAAGAGGAAAUCAUGGCGUCUUUAGAACAACAGGAUAAGCGUGUAGAUAAAGGGAAGGAUAAUUAUACCAUUGGAUUUACUAUAUUGCGGGCUGAUUUGAACCGGAAGUAUCGCAUGCAUGACAGGAUGGAGCGUGUUUCUUCCGGACCAUUUGUGCUUUCAAGAAGUGUAUUCAACCGUAUGAAGUUGACGAGAGGUCGUUAUUGUGUUAUUCCUUCAACGUUUGACCCUGGACAAACUGGAGACUAUGUAUUGAGACUGUAUGCCAGUAACAACUUAAAUUUGAUUGAACUUAUACAUGAUGAGCCACAACCAGGUUCUUGUUGUGGUUUUGGUAUGAAGAGAUCAAAGAUUGCAGCCACUCAAAUAACACUAGUGAAAGCAGAUGGACUUGAGGCUCAAGACAAAGGUUCUACUGCAGACCCAUACUGUGUUGUGAAAUAUGAGGGUAGAACUUUACAGAAUUACCACAAGGAAGACACAUUAAACCCUGAAUGGAAUGAUCGUUUCACACUAUACAGAAAGAAACCUAACCAGGAUGUUAUUAUUGAGGUUUGGAACCACAACAUAUUUAAGGAUCAGUUUAUGGGCUUCGCCACACUUCCCAUGGACAACCCUCACCAGUAUACAGGUGGCAACAUCAUCAAGAGAUAUAACCUCGCAGCCAAAGGUAAAGAAGGGCUAAUCUCCAAACCAGGUGGUCUCUGGCUCAAAGUCUUUCACACAGAUAACAUGUCCAUUGUGUAAAAAUUCAACAAUCUGUGAUAUUUGGAGACCCAAUAGACUGUUGGUUCAGCAUUUGUUAAUUUGAUAACUUCAUUUUUGAAAUUGGACAAUUCAGCAUUUUUAAUAUCCUACAACUCGGCACCCUUAAAAUUUGGUGAUUUGAUAUC